CCCUCCCGCCCUUCGCCAACCGCCGCCCGCAACGGCUCAGCCGCGCGGCAGCGGCCCCGGCCGACAUGGCGCACCGCCGCCCCGACCCGGCCCAGUCCUGCAACUUCGUAGCGCGGGACAACUGCUGGAAAAAAUUAAUUGAAAGUGAAUUAGAAGCUGCAAAAAGAUGGUCUCACAAAUGGGGAUUCUUGAAAACACCUCUUGAGGAGUUGACUGAAGAUGAAAAGAAAGAAAAUACAAAGCCUAAGAUACAGCUUCCAGAACAUCUGCAGGUUCGACCUGUGACACCUGUGGAAAAAUACAUUAAGGUGAAUCCAUCUCCUCCAGUACCUAAGACUACCCAGGGAUUUAUUGGCUGGAGAUCAGCUGUUCCAGGGUUGGAACUUGAACGAGGUUUUCAAAUCCAAAGCUGCAAAGCCCGACCCAAACCUGCGGUGCCUUCGCACGUCUGGCAGCUGCAAACAGCACCCCCUCCCCUCCUGGAGCGAGAGACAGCUAAUGCUUUUUUUCCACACCGGGGAGCAAGAUGAACCCAGCCAGGCUAGCGAGUCGCCUUUGUUGUGUCAGACACAUGUCAGCAAGCAGUCUCAUCCUUAAAAGCUGGAGCAAAAACAAAACCAAAGCAAGAGUCCAAAAAACCCCAGUGAGCUACAGUUCCUGCCUGGAAGGAUUAAGCAGCCAUUAUGCUCUUAUUGCCAGAGCACAAUCACGUCCUUUGUUUACAUGAAAACUGUAGUAAUUUCUUGUGCUCCCAAUCAUGUGCAUUACAGCUUCCACCUUGCUUAAUGAACAAACCCCACAUAUUUAUAGUCUCUUAGCAGAGGUCCAGGAUACAAUUCCACAGACUCGCAGGGUGGCUUUGGCCACAACAGUCACUCUCCCGUUUCCCUUCUGUAAAAAGCAAAAUAACCAUCCCUCAUCUUUACUUCAUCCAUCUUUGCAAUUUAGACUUCGAGUUCUUUGCAGUGGUGUCUCUUUUUCAAAAUGCAUCCAGCUCCCAGCACACAGUGCCCUCCUCAGAACAGCCUUAUGGAUAUGUAUCCAAAAAAAAACCUUUAUAAAAUAUCCACUGAUGAGAUAAGACCACCAGCACAACAAUGCAGUGAACAGCUGUAAUCUGUGGGAGGAUUGUUUCUCUUUGCCAUAAAUGCCAUCUAUUUUUCAAGACACACGUUAUUCCCUGUCAUAGAAGGGUGAACUCGGUAUCUGCAGACAAGUUGCCUUCCAACCAGCACAUUUUUCAAAGGCUCCCAGUAGUUUGUGACACUAAAUAGAAGGUGUCACAUCUUGAUGACUGAUAUUAGUACUAGCCUGCUUGAUUAACAUAAUUUGUUUUUUCAUUGGUUAUUUUAUCCCAGAUGAGCUGCUAUUCAUCCAUAUUUUCCAGGGGUAAAAAAAUAUCCAUUCUGACGUACAACGCUAAUGUGCCCUCUGCAACGACCUCUUAUCUCUAACUUUUAAUUCUCGCAUCCCAUUCUCUUCAGUGCAUGAAAUGAGCUCUAGCACCAGCCAUUGGUCAAGAGUCUCAUAUGCUGGAUACCCACCAGGGCUUUUGGGGUGUUUAGGAAUAGACCUUUUGUCUGUGCUAUGACACACACAUUUAAAUUUAGCACUAAACUGCUGGGAAAAAAAAAAAGAAAAAUAUGCAAAAUGUCACUUUCUGACAAGCAGACAAUUAGAAUUCAUUCCCCAGAGAAUUAAAUGGACUUUUCUGCUGCCAGUCACUAACUGUGACAAGGUUAACAUUUUUCAGUCUAUUGACUAAGGACAUUAAGUGUGCAUGUGAAUAAGAAAUAAAGUUACGAGAGGGUAUUAGCCAAGUGUGUGAUAACAGCCCAAACUGGCAACAAAACUCCAAGGAUGCAGAUUCUAACUAACAGUGACCGACACCACUGGGUAACAGAAACAUGGGGUACAUGCACAUGGGGGUCAUGUUUAAUUAUUAUUGCAACAGCGUAAGCAAUCACAGGACUGUAUCUCAUCUCAAAGCACAUCCUGUGUGCUUCCAGUGUCCCAGGCAGAUACAACAACAGAUGGGGCCUGAUUCUGUCCCUCUACUUCCCUCUGUCUUCCUCUUGGCUUUUAUCGCUUGCUCCCAGAAAGAGGUACAACUGUAUUUAGAGAUCUUCAAAGAGAAAGAUCAUUUUAAACCCAGCUCUGGUUUACAAGCCUGUUCCUGGACUGACAAUGCUGAAGAAGAAUCUUUUUGGCAGGCCCAGCCACAUCUCAGCCCCACAGCGAGCGCAGCUGUAGAGCUGAGCGCUAAGAGAGGCAUCAAGACAGCCAUUCACCUGAGACCAGCCUUCCCCAGUGCCACGGGUGCCCUUCUCACCUCUCCAACCUGCAUUCCACACUGCAGACUGAUUACUUUUAGUCCACAACCCCAUUACCUCACACUUCCCUGCAAUAAACUACCUAAGGCACAUAUCUGCCUGUAAUCCUGAGAAAUCCAAAUAAUUUUGGAUGAGUCUGUUUUGUUCCUCUGUCUCCUAUCCUCCUGCCUCUCCAACUUCCUCAGCCUUAGUUUAUGUCAUCAGCAUAUUUAAGGCACUUUUGGAAUUACAUUCUGCCCAAGGGCACUACACUGAAUUUAAUUUUUCCCCCCCCCAUACAGCACAUUGAUGCUUUAACUCCUAUCUGAUUUAUUUAUACUGUUUGUUAUCAGCAACCAAUGCAAUCAAUACGAGCUGAAGUUCAGACACACACACACACACAUUUGAAUUAUGCAUACACUCAUCCAGAGUUAUAAGACAACUGCUAUAGUCCAGAUCAUCCCUCUAAUGUAGAGCCAACUUAUAGGUAAGGAGGCUCAUAGUGGUGAAUUUUUAUACCUUGACUUUUGUUUGACCCCAGUGGUUGGCUGGUUACUGGAAACCAAAGAAAUCGAAACUUCACAAAUUCCAUGGAAGAGGCUUAGGGAAGGGAUCUCUGCAUUUCUUAUCCCAAGCCAGUAGGACCAUAUUUUAAGAUGGGCUUUCUGAGUUGAGAGUUUCUUUAUUAGCUUCUGUACACACAGGAAUUGUAGCAAAACACCAUCAGACCAUACUAGACAGUCAUGUCAAGCAAAUGUUGCUAACAGAACAGUGUAUGGAGAACUGGAACUUGAAGGAAAACCAAAGCACUAACCUCAAUUGCAGCCUAGGUCAGGCAUGAAACCAACCUAAACUGGAUGCUGGAAGCACAGUAGGAAAUGAAUAGCUUUUGGCUUCCCUCUGCAAACCGCUAUCCAUUCUAAAUGUUAGUGGUCAGCAUGAUCCUCAGACAUGGUUCACAACUGACCUCUGGUUGUCUUUGAACACAGUUGGUGGUUACACCUCAUGGAACACUGCAAAUUCCAAACUGAAGGCAGAGAGAGCAUGCAUACAGGGGCUCUGCUAUAGACGGAGAUGGAAUAUGCACACUGGGCUGGAGCCUUCAGGGACUGGAGGCACAAAGAUUGAUUCAUCAGAAAGUUUCAGCAGAGCACGUGAAGUUUGAGAAAGAGGAGUGCGUGUUGUUCUGUACAAACAUAUUCUGUGUCCUUAGUUAGCUUCAAUGCUAAUAUGAGUGUAUCAAGCUAAGCAAAACACAAAAUGGGACAUCAGUGUCCCCCAUCAUCAGUUUGGGGUCUCCUGGACUAGAAAGCAGAUCCCUGCAUAGGUGUCACCUACAUCGUUACAUUCGCCAGCUGAACUGAAGUUCUUUUCUUUUCUCUGUCCUUUACUACCUUCUUACUGCUCUUCCUGCUCCACCCUCUCCACAGCAUAGAUCCUUUGCUGCCGUCUGUUACAAGCCAUCACCCUCUCUUCUAACCACUCUUCUGAAAAAGUUGUUUCUAUUUUUCCUUCCUGAUACAAGGUCUUGUGUCACACCAGAGCUGCAGCGGUUCAUAUCACAUGGAGGCAUGGGCUGGGGUGCCAGGGCUUAAAUCACAGGCUUUAAUAGUCUCAGAUUUCACCCUUGCAUCCUCUCUGGCCUAUAGUUAUGUGACUUCCAGGAGUCUCUUUGAAAUUUUGUUUUAAUAUUUCACCAUUUAUCCACAGAGAAUAGUUUGGCUUCUCUAUCAAUGCAUUUCUGCUUGGUAACUCCCAGUUUGAAUGCUGAUUAUGUUUUGCAUAAAAUUAACUAAAUUGCAGCCCUUCUGUUUCAUUGGUACUUUUUGUCUGCUUCCUUCAUGAACAAUGUCGGGGAGAUUGCGAGCUGACUACAAUUCUCUUUCCUAAGCAAGAGGAAAACAACAUCUAAGAGCCCAAUCAGUACAAGUUUCCUGAUGCCUGUUGGGUUUUGUAAGCUGUAUUGUACUCUGGCAUUUAACAAUUUCUGUUCACUUGAUUCACUUUAAGAAAUGAAUGUAAUGAUUGCCACAGUGUUUUGCACUACUGUUGACUAAUGAUAAAUAUGGAACAGGUAUAAACAAGCUUGCUCUUUUUUUCUAUUUAAAAAUUCACUGAGUUGACAAGUUAUUUGUGCAGUGCCAAAGUAAUGAAGUUUUGCUUUGGAGUGUCAAUGUUCAGUUUCCAUAGAGAGGUCUGCCAUAAGCUGCAUUUCACAAGACAAGAUCAACAGUGGUGGUGUGCUUCCAGGAGUGCUGAUAAAACACAAGCACAAAACUGUACUCAGGUGUUGUACUCAGUCUGGAGGGGCCCAUAACCACACAGGUAUGGAAGUUUUAUCACAUUAAAAUGGCACAUUUUAAAAGAAGGUCUCUCAUUGAAAGAACCUUGAAUACCAAGGAAGUUUCAGGGCUAUAAGCUGGGAGCAGAGGGAGGCUUGUCCGCUGCCUAAAGCCAAGUACAGCUCUGGGUGCAGCAGGUGGGAUCCUUCGACACGGAGACUCAUCAUUUACCUGGGAUUUGCCUUGGGAUGCGAAGCAGCAAGAUGCCUGAAAAAUCAAUGUUGCAACACACCCUCUGCUCUAUCUCAGCUCCUUUAUAGGCACAUCCAUUCACCACUCGGCCUCUCCUCGCGGCAGCUCACUUUAACAGCAGCACUGAGCCUUUCUUUUUGGCAGCAUCCGUACAGGGGGAGCCUGGAGGGACAAAGUAAACAUAAGCAAGUUUGGGGGGUAACUCAGGUGAAAUUGGAAACAUUUCUAGAGAAAGGGGAAACAUCUGGGGAACAUUUGACUUGUGUUUGGAAGUAUGAAAGGUGACAGUUCAGAGACA